UGCCGACAUUCCAGAAUGCUGCAGCGUUAGAGGCAUUUGCUGGAGGUGCAGAAGGUGGCCAUGAAGGUCCUAAAAUUUCAGAAUUUCUACAGUGGUAUGUCUGCAACACAGAACAGUUGUCUGAAUCCCUUCAGCCUGUUUUUGUCCAGAGUUACCUUGACCAAGGAACACAGAUCUUCUUAAACAACAGCAUUGAGAAAUCAGGCUGGCUGUUUAUCCAGCUCUAUCACUCUUUCGUGUCCUCAAUUUUUAGCCUCUUUAUGUCUAGAACAUCUAUCAAUGGGCUGCUGGGACGGGGCUCAAUGUUUGUGUUUUCCCCAGAACAAUUUCAAAGACUGCUUAAAAUAAAUCCAGAAUGGAAAUCCCACAGACUUCUCGAUUUAGGGGCUGGGGAUGGAGAAGUCACUAAAGUCAUGAGUCCUCACUUUGAAGAAAUCUAUGCCACUGAAUUGUCUGAAACUAUGAUAUGGCAGCUUCAGAAGAAAAAAUACAGGGUGCUUGGUAUAAAUGAAUGGCAAAACACAGGAUUUCAGUACGAUGUUAUCAGCUGUUUGAAUUUGCUGGAUCGCUGUGAUCAACCACUGACUGUAUUAAAAGAUAUUAGAAGUGUACUGGAGCCAACUAGAGGCAGAGUCAUUCUAGCAUUAGUUCUGCCAUUUCACCCAUAUGUGGAAAAUGGUAAGUACACAGAUUAUAGCUCUUUAGGCAGGUAA